ACUAAUAAAACCAAAACCAAGUAGCACGUGCAAUUGUUUGGCACGUUAUCGGUUUUUAUUUUUGGUUUACUCUUGCUGAAUAAUAUGGGUCGAAUUAAGGAAAAAGAAUCUAAAGCACCUUCCCUGUCGGAAUCACACACCGACUACGAAUAUGCAGCUACUGCUGCCACCAGUAGCGAUGAUGGUUUUGAUGAACCAAACCGAGUCCCAGUGCAUAAACGUAAAGUGCAGCUGACCAAUGGCGAAGCGAAAAAGAAAAAGUUCAAGCACGCAGACUCGAACGUUAAGCCACCGACAUUGGAAGAAAUCAAGGAGAUUCGCGACACACGCAACCUCUUUCAUUCAAAUCUGUUCAAGCUGCAAGUGAAGGAGAUGCUGGAGGAGAUCCAACUAAAGCCCAAAUACAGUAAUUACAUUGAAACAUGGAUAGAGACGUUUACGAUUACCGUGCAGGAGCUAAAAGACGGAUUGCUGGACACCUGCGAAUUGGAGGUGCCGCUGCAUUUGCACAAAAAAUCUUUUAAUUUUCAGUUCUUGACGCCAACGUCGGAGCCAAAGCUAAUUGGCGCUGCGGCAACGGGCACAUUGCUGGGCCCUAAGAUUGUGGUAGAUGUGGCGCUGGAAAUGCCCGCUGCAUGCUUCCAGCACGACGAUUAUCGCAACUUAAUUUACGAUCAAAAGCGUGCCCUCUAUCUGGCCACGGUGGCCAGCAAAAUAAAGCAAUCACCAGCCUUUAAAGCAGAUCAGUUCGCCUACAACUACCAUGCAAAUAAUCCUCUAAAACCAGUGCUGGAACUGACACCCGCCUCCAAGUUGGGUAAAUAUUUGUUGUUGCGCGUGUAUAUUACAGCGCAGUCGGAGAUUUUCAAGUUGAGCCGAUUUUUACCAUGGACUAACAACAUUCGGCCCUCGGUCUUCGGAGAUAAGUGGAAUGAAGCAGAAACGUUGCCCGCUACUCAGCACUACAAUGCCAAUGUGCUGUUCGAUCUGACGCUAGCUGAGAAUCAAAAACUGUUGCUCAGCACGUUCACUGGACGCCGUAACUUUCAGGAGGGUUUACUGCUGCUUAAAGUAUGGCUGCGCCAACGCCAGCUUGAUGUUGGCUUCAGCGGCUUUAGUGCACACAUUCUUGCCGCGUACAUUGCUUAUCUAAAACAGCAGCGUUUGCUUCACCAGUCAAGCAGCAGCUACCAGAUUGCCCGCACCGUAUGGAAUCAGCUAGCUAACAGUGAUUGGACACAAGGCAUAACUCUAUCACAACAUCAACCGCACCAGCUGAUCACCCUGGCCGGCUACUAUGAUGUAUGCUUCAUGGAUGUCACCGGCUAUUACAAUCUGUGCGCGAAUCUGCCCCUAGCGGUCUAUAAAGCCGUUUGUGCGGAGGCAAAGUUGGCCGUCGAAUUGCUUAAUGACGUAAAAGUCAACAGUUUUUCGCACAUUUUCAUGCAAACAUCACCGCUCUACACCCGCAUGGAUAACAUACUCAAAAUCACAAAUCCGGCCAGCGUGGAUCAGCUACUUCAAUUACAUGUUCAACCGCAUGUCAAAUACGACUAUGCCAACUAUGCCCACCCGCAGCUGCUUAAAUUGCUAACAGACUUACUACAGAAGGGUCUGGGACAACGCGUGCACGCCAUUCUCCCACUUGAAGUACCGUGUAGUCCCUGGACCGUGGACACCAAGGCGCCAGUAAUUGGACGCUCCCUGACGCUAGGCCUCAUACUCGAUCCAGAGCAUGCACACGAAGUGUUGGAUAAGGGACCAGCAACUAAUGAAGAUGCGAAUGGUGCCGCGGAAUUUCGCAAAUUCUGGGGCAAUAAAUCCAAUUUGCGUCGCUUUCAGGAUGGCAGCAUAACGGAGGCUGUUGUCUGGGCCACUGCAACAGACGCGCCCAGCCAAAAGCGCUUGAUAGUGCGCCAGAUAGUCUUGUAUUUGCUAGAGCAUCAGCUUCAGUUGGAACCCAGUGAAGUGCAGUACAUUGCUGGCAACCUUGAUGUUGUAUACUCCUUAACGCCUUCCUUUAAGGUGGCCAAGCUGCAAACCAAACUGAAAAUUCAGCAGGAAACUGACGCCGAGGCACUCACACCCAACGUCAUCCACUGCUACGAUGCGCUAGCACGCCAACUGCACAGUCUUGGGGAUCUACCGCUCGACAUUGUGUCAAUAUCUGGGAUUUCACCCGUUUUUCGCUAUUGUGAACCACAGCCAUUGCUGCCACAGGCACGUCUGGUGUCAGAUCGCAUCCAUGCCGGUCAAGUGCUGCGCGUGAUCAUUCAGCUGGGACCGAGUGGCAAGUGGCCCAGUGAUCUGGGCGCACUGAGGAGCCUAAAAACCGCCUUCCUAAUACAAAUUGGGCAGCAGCUCAAGGAGCAGCAUCAUCUUCACUGGCAUCUCUGCAAAGAUGGUUUGCUAGUACUUAAACAAGGCUACUGCUUUCUCUUAGAGCUUGCACAUAGUAAAGAGCUUGCGCUGUUAAAGCAACAGCAAACGGAACGUGGUGUGACCACCUAUGUGGACAAUCCAGCUAGUCGCGAACUGGAGCGACGUCACUAUAUACUGCCCAGAGUCAGUGGUGCACUGCAUGCGUUGCAUCAAAUGCAUGGCGCGUUUGGGCCCACAGUGCUCAUUGCAAAGCGCUGGCUGGCUGCACAGCUGCUGGACGAUGGUCUGUGGCCGUCCAUAGCGACGGAGCUGCUUGUGGCGCAUCUGUUCCAGCAGCGACAGACGCCACACACUACUGUCUCCCCACAAACUGGUUUCAUACGCUUCCUUCAACUGCUCGCCCACAGCGACUGGAGCGGCGAACUGUUUCUGCUUAAUUUCAACAACAGCUGGACAGAGCAACAAAUAACAGAUUUGGAGCACAGCUAUCGCAGCGAACGUGACAGCUAUCCAUCGUUGUGUUUGGCUACCGCCUACGAUCAGCAGCAUGCGGGUCGCUUGUGGACUAGCAAUAACAGCCCCAGCAAGCCAGUUCUGGGCCGUGUCACUCUGUUGGCCAGACAUGCGCUGCAACUUAUAGAGUCGAGCCUGUUGUCUCCUAAGCUAGCAUUUGUACGACCCGCACAACUGUUUAUGGCAUCCGGCGAUGGUUAUGAUUUGGUCAUACAGCUCAAACCGGAUCUGCUGUCCAAUACGCUCUGCUACGAUCUUGGUUCACCAUUUCUGCCUUUCAGUCAACGCAAUUUUCGUUUGCCGCUAGCGGGCUGCGAUCAGCUCGCCAAGGUCGUGCAGCAACUGAGGGAUGCCUACUCCGAAUAUGCUGCAUUCUUUUACAAUCCCCAUGGAGGCAAAGAAUUGGCCAUUGUGUGGAGGCCCGCCUCUGAAUUUGCACCCAAACCUUUCAAAGUGAACGAGCUGCAGGCGUGCACGCCCUGUGUUGGUGGUAAGGUCCAGGUUGACAGGGAUACAUUAGUCGAGGAUUUCAAGCUCCUGCUCAAAGACUUUUAUUUGCGCGUUUGCACGCCCCAGGAACUGAAGCGUGAGCAGCGCGAGCACAAUAAACCCAAGCGCUAUUUCAAUGGCCAGGGCGAAUCAGAACCUGACAAGCCGCAAAAGAAAAAGAAAAAGGCGUCGACGAUUCCGACUAAUGCAAAGAAACGUCUAAUGAAAAGUAAAUCAAUGAACGCCUUAUGUUAGUAUGUAAUUACUGGACUCGUGAGACUUGGGGGGGACAUAAAAAACAUAGUAGAGAUUAAAAUGUAAAUAAAA